AUGCUUGGGGUUCAAAUACGUUGGGGAUACUUCUAUGUACUGUGCGUAGCGUCUUUGGUGGCGCUUUACCUGGGCUUGACUGGCGACAACCGAUUUGGUAUGAUAACUAAUGAGCACGACAAGCUAGCGCACUUCGUUACCUUUUUAUUGGAGUCCUGGCUUUUCACAAGGUCCAUUGAAUCUUCAGAACUUGAUGUUGAGAGUUUGUUGGUGGUAUGGAGGAGGUGGGGAGGUAUUUACGGGAGACAGUAUGAUGAGAUGGAGGAGGAAUCGACAGUGCACCACGUUAGCAAAUACAGUGUGUCAAUAUAUGUGUGCAUUGUUCUUGGAGCUGUUGGUAGUGAGUGUCUGCAGCUUAUCCUCUCUUGGGGUAGAAGGAAGUUUGAUGUAAUGGAUGUUGUAUAUAAUAUCUGUGGAAGUCUAGUCGGAAUAGGCACUGCGUAUUGGAUCGAGCGGUAA